CUAAUUACUAUUUAUUUCAAUAAAUCGUACAAUAAAAUUUUAAACUGAACUUUUCAGUUUGUAAAGGGUUACUUCUUUUUUCUUAUGAUGUUCUAUCUAUGAAACUGCUCUAUUCAUGACGAUUUGUGAAAGUUUAUAAGUAAACUUGCGCUUAUGGUUGUUUUGUUCUAUCCUUAUGGCAUCACCAGCACCGAAAUCACCAGAACAAUCUGAAAAAAACAGAAAAUAUGAUAGACAAUUAAGGUUAUGGGGUGAUCAUGGUCAAACUGCGUUAGAAAGUGCACAUGUUUGUGUCAUAAACGCUACAGGCCUUGGUACAGAAAUUUUAAAAUCCUUAGUUUUACCAGGCAUUGGGGCAUUUACAAUCGUAGAUGGAAAAAAGGUUACUAAUGAAGAUAUUGGGGCAAAUUUCUUUCUAGAAGCAGACUGUAUAGGGAAAUCAAGAGCACAGGUAGCAACACAAAUGUUGUUAGAAUUAAAUUCUGAUGUUAGAGGUGAUUAUAUAGAUGAGGAACUUGAAGAAAUUUUAUGCAAUAGUCCUGACUUUUUCAACAAUUUUACUGUUGUUGUAGCUACUUCAUUAGUUGAAAAAUCUUUAAUUCUUCUGUCACAAAGGCUUUGGGAAUUAAACAUACCUUUAAUAGUGUGUAGAAGUAUAGGAUUUAUUGCAUAUAUGAGGAUUCAAAUAAAGGAACAUACAGUCAUAGAAACACAUCCAGACAAUGAAACUCCAGAUUUGCGUUUAGAUAAACCAUUUGAGACAUUAAAGAAGCAUCUUGAUACCAUAAAUUUAGAUGAACUGAGUUUUAAAGAUCACUCUCAUAUACCAUACUUAGUUAUAUUGUACAAAUUUUUAGAAAAUUGGAUUCUAAAUAAUGGGGAAUUACCAAAAACUUACAAAGAAAAAAGUCAAUUAAAAGAAAUGAUAAAAGAAGGAAUGAGGAGAGAUGAGAAUGAUACUGCAAAUAGCGAAGAAAAUUUUGAAGAAGCUAUUAAAGCUGUUAAUACAUGUGUAGGAUGUACUGAGAUUCCAGAGAAUGUAAUGAAUAUUCUUAAUGAUGAUAAAUGCAUCAAUUUAACAGCUAAGAGUAGUUCAUUUUGGAUUAUAGCUAAAGCAAUAAAAGAUUUUGUUGAAAAUGAGGGAGGUGGAUUAUUACCAUUAAAAGGUACUUUGCCAGAUAUGACAGCAGAUACAGAAAAAUAUAUAACAUUUCAGCAAAUAUAUCACAAACAAGCGAUAGUUGAUGCAGAAGCAGUAUGGCGACGUACAUUGCAACUGUUACGACAAUUAGGAAAAUCUUCAGAUUCCAUUUCUGAAAGAGAUGUAAAGUUGUUUUGCAGACAUGCUUUGAACAUACAUGUCCAAAGGGGAACGUGUAUUGCAAAUGAAUAUGAUUCUAAAAUUUUUGAUGCAAGCAAUAUAGUGCAAUGUUUAGAAAAUCCUGAAAGUAUGAUGAUUUAUUACGUUGUUCUUAGGGGGGUUGAAAAAUUUCAAACAGAAUAUAAUUCAUAUCCUGGAGAAUUUGAUGAUCAAGUAGAACCUGAUAUAGUUAAGCUUAAGGCAUGCAUAACAAAGUUACUGAAUGAAUGGGGAUGUGGACCAUUGGUAAAAGAUGAUUAUGUUCAUGAAUUUUGUCGAUUUGGUGGAGCAGAGUUGCAUUCGGUAUCAGCAUUUUUAGGUGGCCUUGCAGCUCAAGAAGUUAUAAAAUUUGUUACAAAUCAAUAUAAACCAGUUCAUAAUACCUUUAUAUAUGAUGCAGUGACUUCAAGUUCUGGAAUAUUUUUCUUUUAAUAUUAUUAAAUAGUAAGUUAAUGGUAUGCUCCUGUAUAAAAUAAGAAUAUACAAUUUUAUAAUUUACGUAAUAAAUUUUGUUCAUUUUAUGACUGAAUAUAAUAUAAUGACAUUUUAAAAAUACAUUUUAUAAAAAUGGAAAAACGUCAUGAAAUGUGACUUAGAAACGUUUUAAGAUAUAUUAAAACUCAGGUUGAACGAGUAUAAUAUCAACACUUUAAUGUAAUAAUUAAUUGAUACACAAAUUAUUUUAUCCUUAUAUAUAAUAAUAAAUCACUAUUAAUAACCAUUACUUAUGACAAACUAUUAUUUUAAUUUAUAGUAAAUAUGUCUAAGGCAUAAAGCAAAUUAAUAUUUCAUGUCUUAUAACCAAUAUUGUACGCAAAUAUUGUACCGGUGUUCUAAUCUCAAUAUAACAAUAAAAUGAUGAAUUGUGCUUUGAUUUUUAAUUCUUUUGCUUUGUACAAUAUUAGUAUCUUAUAUUAUAUUGUUACACAGAUUGUAAAUUAACUAUAUACUGAAUUAACUAAUUAAUUAUUUGUUAUAAUUGGGGAUACCACAAUAUAAAAAUGUAAUAUUUUACUUUUGCAUGAGCCAUUUCAGUAUCUGAUCAGGAAUUAUUAAUUAUAAAAUAAUAAAAGUAAUAAAAUUACUUUUAACAUGACAUCUUUUAGAUAAAUUUUUGCUUGUAUUUAAUAAUCAAUGGUU